AUGGCCGCUGAUUCGGUCUACGUGGCGGAUUCUGAUGAGGAGGAUCCAGGUGAGGCGCCUCUCAAACGUCGUCGGGGAAAUGGCCAUCCUAAGGACAUGCCGGGGACGGCAGCAUCCCCGAAAGUAUUCAACAUGUCAGACUAUUUCAAGGGUCGUCCAGCAAGCUUGCUCAUCCAAUCACAAGCCCGACCAACGCGGAGGGGUGUGAAGCGGGAAAGCAUCGAAAGCAUCAAGCCUGCACCUGUGGGAGAGAAUGGUCUGCAGAAGCAGUCUAAGGCUGAGGAGGAGUCUGCCCCAAACAUUGAAUCUGGUGACUCCAUCGAUGUCUUGGACCGCUUCGAGGGCUACACAUUGCGAGACCUACGCCGCUUGGUCUCCACAACACUGCCCCGGUAUGGCCGGCUCCUGCAACCCAGCGAGCGUGCUGCGUUGCAAAGCUUCGAGUCAAUGCCUCUGCGAGCGCAGCAGCUUUUCGCGAGGCUGCUCUGCAGAAAAUGGCCCCAGUGGGUGCCAUUGGAAGGCCUCGGAUCCAGGUAUCGUGAGCUCAGCACAGAGGAGGUGGUGGCUGCCGUGCGGGAUCUGUCCGAGAUGCGGACUUCCAACUCAGUCGAAGAUGAGAAGGGAGGGAACCCAGGGAACGCGGGAACUUGGGCCGCCUUGUUGGGCCAACUCCCCGAUGCAGCGGAGACCGAGAUGAAAGAGGUGAAAGAGGUGAAAGAGGGGUCUGGCAUGCCAUGGUUGCUUGACACCUCUACGGAGACCGCCACGUCACUUCUUCAGAGACACAUCCCCGAAAAGACCACAUUGGCCACCGAGGACAACUAUGGCAAGCUGCUUUUGAGCGCGCUGCCAUCGGCAGAACUUCGCCGCAUGGGGAAAGGCUUGGGCAUCAGCGACAUGCAUGGCCUGGGACGACGUGGCUCCAAAAGCCAGCUGGUGUCCAGACUCUGCGAAGCGGCAAAGCAACAGCGCCUCCUCCAUGUCACCCAUGGCCGCGGCAUGGAGACCAGCACUGAGGCACAGCUGGUGGCGCAGGCCCUGGCCAUGGGCCGCUGGGUCUGUGCGGCUCCCUCGCCUGGGCGCAGAGCCCUUGCUGUGCUUAGUGAGGCUUUCCGGCUGGAAACUUGCGGCGCCGCGAACUCGUCAUACGUCGUCUUCUCCACGCAUUGGCCCGAGUUCCCGUUCCGACCGGACUGCUCGGCUCCGCCUCUCUUCGCCGAUCGCGAGUCGCUGGAUGCCUUUGUGGAAGCUCGCAGUCUGGUCGCGGGCCUCGAGACCUCCGAGAGACAGGAGGAGAAGCAGCGGCCAUCCGACUGUGCCGCCUCGGCCCAGAUGGCCGAAGACUGCCUGCAGCGCGCCUUGCAGGCUGUGCGCGCAAACGACUUCGAGUCUGCCAAGUUCCGGGAUCCAUUCCGGCGACGCUAUACAGCAGCGUGGUGCUAUGCUGAGGCCUUACACCAUUCCGUGCUGCACUCGCCUGCCGUGGGUCACAACAAAGAGCUGCAAGCCUCCAAGAUUCGACGUUUGAGACUGCUGUUGACUUGCACCCUCUGCCCUUCCCAACGUGGUCGAUGGUAUGCAGAGCUUGCAAAAGAAGUUGCGCGUUGCGAGGGCCUCCUCGCAGCUCUUGAGGUAGCCGCAGCUGGUUUGGCAGAGGGCGAGGACAAACCCCUGAGUGCCCAUGUAGCUGUGGACCUUACACUGGAUUUGCCUUCAUCGCAGGAGGUGGGGCCCAGUGACAUGGCGCAGCAGCUGCUUCCGCGCGAUGCCCGCUGGGACUUGGCCCGGCGUUGUCGGACACUGGCUCGGAGGCAGGCCAAGGUCAAGAAGGUGUCCGACUGGCAGAAGCUGCUGCGGAACACCCAGGUUGCGCAGCUCAAAGCCGAAGGUGGAGAUGAUGGUGGAAAAUGGCUGCCGAAGCUCGUGUCACGUCUCAUUGCAGAAGAAGAUGCUGCAACAGGACAGGUGCAGGUAUUGAGCGCGGCAAAGAUAGGGCUUCCUCAAGUCGCCCGUCCCAGCGGGCACGGCGCCGGCCAGCGACGAAUGUUUGAUGGAUUUCAUUUGGAAGAGCUUACCGUGGAGGAGCUCGCAAUGCAACACUACUUCUCCUCCGAAGGAGGUGCCUUUAAGUGUGGGAUCCAUUGCGAGGGAUGCAUAUUGAGAGAUCUGUUUGGCAUCCUGCUGUUCGACGAGCUGUUUGAUUGCUCUGUGGCGGACGCCUUCGUAUCCGCCUUUCAGGAUGCACCCCUGGACUUGGGAACGGAAGCCUUUUAUCCGUCCAGAAAGUCCAAGAUUGAACGGCGUCUGGAGACGCUAGCCUCUAUGACCCACAGCGAAGUUGCAGACGAUGUACGUGCACGGUUUGUGAGGCUGUAUGGUGCUCGCGUCCGUGGGGUUCGUUGGGACCGGUACGAGGGGGCAAGUGGCGUUUUCCUGCAAGUGCAGGGUGCCGCCAAUGUGAACCGCCCGCCAGCCAAGUUGGAGGCAGAUGCAGCUGCUGCAGAUGAUUUGACUGGCAAAGCGCAGAACGGCACAGCUCGACGGGUGCUUUGCACCUCUCUUCCCAUUGAAGAGGUGGCUCCGGAGGACCGAGACUUGCCAAGCGCUGCCGGCGCAAUUGGAGGAAAGGCACUUGCUGCCGCGCUGCGACUGCUUUGUGAGGAUUACAACUCGGCCGGGCUCCCCGACUUGCUGCUUUGGUCCUGGAACCUUGGAAUGGCUCCUCGCGCGCUGUUCGUGGAGGUGAAGAGUGAGCGUGACAACCUUGCACGCAGGCAGCGCCUCUGGCUGGCAACCUUGCGGGGCGCAGGGGCCGAGGCAGAGGUCUGCCAUGUCCGUGACGGACGAGUGCAGGAAAACAAGACAAGCCGAUUCUCGUCCAACCGUGGACCUCGUCGAAGACGGUCAAGGGGUCAAAGUGAGAGCAGUGAGGAUGGUUGA